AUGAGAACAUCGCGCUAUGGUUGUUGGUUUCUAGCGAUUGUUGGAUUGUCUACAGUCACCAACGCUUUAGUAGCGACCAGCCCUCCUCGCAAGCUGUCCGCACUUGCCGAUCCUACGUUUGUCACUCCUGAUGUUUCUUUAUUAACCGAACAGGCUUGCAUUGAAACAGCGGAACGAAUGCAACGAGUGGUUGUUCCGGUUUCUCCCUCCAUUCAAUCGGACGGUGCCGUAGGCGUUUCUUACGUACACUGGAUGGCAUCCCCGAACGAGAAGUCUCCACAACGCUUACCCGUUGUCUUGAUUCACGGUUUUGAUUCGUCUUGUUUAGAAUACCGUCGUUUUGGUUCCAAACUUGCAGCACAAGGAUUUGAUACGUACGCAGUGGACCUCCUCGGUUGGGGAUUUACACAACUCGAAAACGUGAACGAUUUUUCUGCCAGUGCCAAGGUGGAAACCUUGAACAGUUGGAUUUCAACAGUUAUUGGUGAAAACAAACCCUUCUGCAUUGCUGGGGCCAGUCUAGGUGGUGCUGCCGCUAUUGAAGUCGCAGCCGGCAACGAAAACUGCCAAGCUCUGGUUUUGCUCGAUGCCCAAGGCUUCGUGGAUGGCAUUGGUCCAAUGGCAGCCAUGCCCAAGGCGAUUGCCAAACUUGGUGUGCAAGUCUUGAAAAGUGUACCUUUGCGCAGUUCCGCCAAUCAAAUGUCCUAUUUCGAUAAGAUAACGUACGCAACAGACGAAGCGGUCGUAGUCGGACGACUGCACUGCACACGCGAAGGUUGGUCUGACGCACUCGUCAAUUUCAUGCAAUCCGGUGGUUUCGCACCUUCCACCAAAGUACCGACCAUCACGGCACCAGCUCUCGUCUUAUGGGGACGAGAGGAUGGUAUCUUGGACGGAAAAGAGUUUGCCAACAGAUUUUUAGAAACGCUGCCAGACGCCCGGUUGACAUGGAUAGAAGAAUGCGGGCACGUGCCACACUUGGAAAAGCCGGAGGAAACUGCUACUGCCAUAAACGAAUUCUUGCGAGGCAUUCCUGUUCGCGGCAGCGCGAUUGUCGAAGAGUCCAGUAAGUCAGCGCUAUCAUCUCAAUGGAUUGGCGUUGCAGGAAUUGGAGCGACAGCUCUGGCGGCCUUGGCUGCAGAUUUUUUGCCGGUGCAUUAG